UCCCAAGACCUAAGAGCCGGACUCCUGGUUCUGACACAUGGAGGUGGCCGGUUCCUUGAGCCCUCGCAGCCUGAGCCUCCCGAUCUGUAAAAUGGGGAGAACCCCGUUUAUCUCAUGGCUUGUGGUUCAGCGAGGCCCACGGUGAAGGGGACAGCUCUCCGCCUGGCGCGUCGUAGCUGCUCGCCAAUAAGCAGCCCCAUAAAACGUGAACAGAAGGAUGGGAGUGAUUUCCAUGUGAGCCUCUCACUGGGUGAGAUAAGAAAUAAUUGCUUGGCUGCCCUGAAGAGCGUGUCCUGGAGCCGAGGCCGCCUGCUUUCAGCUGGGCAUGCCCCGUGGAGGUGCCCCAGCAGCUCCCGCCUAUUGUCAGGGCCGAGUCACAGGAAGGGUGAGCUCGCAGCCCUCGGGCCCUGCCUGUCAGGGAGGGGGGCUCCCCCUGCCUCCGAGGUCCCCUCCAAACCCGGGGUCAGGCCUGCCCUGUGGGAGCACCAGGGCCUCCUGCUGUGCUGGCCCAGGCAGUGGGCCCUUCGCCCUCGGGCAGCCUCUGCCCUGCACCCACCACCGAGAGAGCUGUCCAGGGCACACCUCACAUCCGGCCUCUUCCCUGCUAAAAGCCCUCCAGAGGAAUCCAGACUCCUUGGCAUGGCUGAAGAGGCCCUUCCUGAUCUGCCCGUUUGGCUCCCAGCCUCGGCCCUCAGCUCCCCACAUGCUGCCCGCGAUGGGCUGCAGAUGCUGCGGUGUCCCCCCACUUGGCACAGGCUGCUUCCUCCGCCCGGGCCUCCUUUUCACUCUCGUCCCUGUCCUCUCACUGCCCCGGGCUGUCCCUGGGCCAGUCUGCUCUCGGGAUCUGUCCUGUGGGCCCCCGGGAUCCCGACCUGCCUCCGUCCCUGUCCCCCCACCCAGACCGGGUUGUCAGGACUCACGCCACCUCACAGCAGCUUCUGGGGCCCCACUGCCCCAAGACCACAAUCAUGGCUCGAAGGAGCAAGUGCUGGGCAAUGAGGAAGGAGCAUUUCCCCGAUGUCUAGGGAGCUGGAACCAGGGGCUCGAGUGAGAGCCAAGCCCUGCCUCUCUCUGGGAUGCCCAGAAGCUUCUCGAGAGGCGUCACUGCUGCGGUCCAGGAGCGGCGCCUCUCGGAGCCUGCAGGGUGGGGUUCUUCGGGGGAAAGCACAGGUGUGGUGCCUGUUGGGGGUGAAUCGGGGCCCCCUCCCGGCCUGUGGGGGUGACGCUCUGUGAAGAGGGCCCCUCCAGGUGAUCCUCCCGUGAAGACCCCACACGCCAGGCUGGGCGCCCAUCCGAUGGCUGCAGCUCUUUAAAAACAGAGGGAAAGGCAGACAGACAGAAGCCACGGGGGGCAGCCAGAAGCCGGAGGUCAGCAGAACCCGGAAGACAGAGGGGAAGGCACCGCCAUCUGCACUGUCCCGUGGCAGAAAAACCAAGGACGAAGGGUCACCUGCAGCCGCAGGACACCACGGUCCUUUAGGAGAAGGCGUCACCUGUGGACACCCCUUGGCCCUCCCUUGGGGCCCCUAUGCCAGGUGGUGGGCGCCUCGUGCCCCUGUGACCCCACUCUGCUGCAGGGCUGCACCGUCCCCCGCACCUCUCCCCACGGAGGAACACGGCCCAGUCGGGCAGAGACUCCAGGGGCGGGUGAUGGAUCGAAGGGGCUGCUGUUGGUUUGGGAGGAAGGCAGUGGGGGAGGUGGGGGCUGGCAGGAAGGGGGGCACCCCCGGGAGGACACAGUGGCCUCGUUCUGGGCCUGGCUGCAGGAGACGAGAACACGGCACAGGGGACGUCAGCAAAUCUGUACACACCGUCCCAGAAGGCUUAAUAGUAGCUACCUAAAAAAAAAAAAUUGUUCCAUGGUUAAGUAAAUGCGGGAGAUGCUGGGUUAAGUCGGGCUCGACAGGCACCUGGUGCAAUUUCUUAAUCUUUCUAUAGCUCAGUUUCCUUGGGCAGGAAAAUGUACCUGGUAGAAUAAUUAAGUUUAAAAGCGUUCAUUCAUACAAAGUGCUUAGAAUUGUGUCUGGGACAUAAUAAGCACUAAAAAAUG